AAGACCUCGCGUUGGAUGCUGGAACAUGUUGGCGUACAUUGUCCUCUCCAUGGACUGGAAUCUCUUGCGCGUGCUGCAGCGCAGAGGAAAGAUAAAAUUAUCACCACGCAUUGCGCAUGCGCUGUAUAUGUUACCGCCCAAAUUUUACCGCGAGCGCCAGUCAUUUCCCGCGGGCGGGGACCUAUGUAAACCGCAAAGAGAGCCCAAGGUCGUCGAGCGAUCGAGAUCGAGAGCUAGGAGCCGGUAAAGAAUCAUCCUCAGGACGUGCCGUACGGUCCCUGGAUUGCCGCGAGCUGCAAGUGCAAUGUCCGCCGCUCUACCUCUAGCUCUGCUGACCUCGUGUGCGCUGCUGUGGUCGGCGGCAGCGAGCGACAACUGCUACGACCAUCAGACGGAGACCUACAGCGCUCGCUUCUCCCCCGCCGGCUGCACCAAGACGUGCACCGUUACCCCGUUCUUCUCGCCGGACACCUCCAUCUCGACGUACGUCAGUCUCAUAGAGGAGGCCCAAGAGAGCAUCGAUAUUUACACGCCAGGACUCCGCAGCUGGAGCUAUUGCACAGACUACAAGGAAGAGUGUGAGGGCUGCACAGGUUGCUCCAUCGAGGCGCAGAGAAACGAGUCCUUCCCCGUCUUUCCCGCACUGCUAAAUGCCGUCCACGAUCGCGGAGUAAAGAUCCGCAUCGUCACAAACAACUUCACCAUCCCUGCGUGCCCGGGUAAAAUCACUCCGUUUGACUGGCUGGUCCUGAACGACGUACAGGUCAGAAUGUACACGACCACCACCUUCCAACACGCCAAGUACAUCACGGUAGACAAGGGCAAAAAGACUGCAGUUUCCUCCGUCAACUGGAGUUACACUUCCUUCCUGAAGAACAGAGAGGCAGGGGUGAUCCUGGAGGACUGCACAUGCUCGGCCGUGUCUCUCUACCAGUCUGCGUUCGACUACGACUGGGACAACGGAGAGGAUUACGUAAUCACGCAGACGUACACUCCGUCGGAGAUGGCUGUCAUCACAAACAAGGCCCACAUGCCGUACACCGUGCCCGACAGCCCGGGAGUCCCGGGGGCAUUUGUGACGCAGCUCAUAAAACACGACAACGUGGCCAUCAAGAAAGGCUACAGUUCUCCCGAUAGCUCCAGGGAUACCAUUAUGUCAUACUUUCCACAAGUACAGCAGUCCUUCAACUUGGCAGUGUACCAAGUGACGGAUGAUGGGCUGUGUGACGAGCUGCUCUCUCUCUACAACAGAGGAGUCAACGUCACUGUCAUGGUUUCCGACUACAUUGUCUCCGAAUAUGACUACUACAAGGCUCAGGACUGCUACAAGAAGUUGUAUGAUGGAGGAAUGAAGGGAAGGGUCCAGUACGCCUAUUCCAAGUUUGAAUUCAGUCAUGAAAAGUACUGGAUCAUCGACAGCACCACCAUUCAUCUCAGCACUGGUAAUUGGAGUCCUAGUGAUUUCCCCACUGGAACCUCGUGGAAACCCUACAGCCAGUCCGGAAAAAGUGUAAACAGAGAUCUGGAGAUUGUUCUGGAACAACAAGACAUGGUCGACUACUUCUACAGAGUCUACGACGCCGACUGGGCCUUGGGCAAACCAUGGGAACCAAAAUCUCUCACACACAAGGGUCACUGACACUGUCCUCGUCAUGUGACUAUCACAUGACUCAUUAGUCCUACUAUACUCUCACCCCUCGCCCUUUUCUCUCUAUCUCAGUGUGUAUAUAUUGAAGUUCAGAAAAACUUAUUUUUGGAAUUUGGAAAAAAGA